CACUGACGAAUUUUCAGUGUUUACGUUUUGCGUGCGUCGUGUUUUCAUCAAAUAAACUCAUUUGCACUGUUCCUAUACACAAAAUUACAAAAACACUUUAUUAUUUACAUAAAGUUAUCGGUAAAACAAAGUGCGCAGCAUUUGUUUGACGUACAGAACGCAUGCGCAUGCGCCACUUGCUUGCCCCCAAUCGACGAGAUUGUGAACUGCUGUAAUUGGACGACACCCAUUUACACAAUUUAUUGUAGUUAUACCACCAGUCCAACCAAUGCUCAUUUCUAUUUGCGUUCGCGUUGCGGCCAUGCGUUGAACUCCUUCGUCGCGAUGCUGCUCAGCGAGCUACACUUCUGGACAACGCUGCGCGACGAGGUGCGCAUCAAAAACAGCGAUUUCGGUGCCUUUCGAUAUGUACGGCAACGCGAAGUUUCCCAAGAGUUAGGAGCGCUCUCGAAACGGGACUAUACCGAACGACGCAAUGGUCUUGCAGUGCUCAAAAAUAGUCGCAAAGCGGCAGGACGUUUAAAGGAUAAUCUGAAGAAGCUGGAGGAAUUGCUGCGCUCCCACAAACUGGUGCAUUCCGAAUGGCAAGAUGCGGCCCAAGUGUUGCUGCUCUUCGACAAUGGGCACAUGGCGCAUAUUUGUGUGGACAUCUAUACGGGCGACAUAUUGCGCAUGGUCUUUGAAAAGUAUCUUGUUGGCAAAUUGGCCGCCGAGGUCAUUACCGAUGCAUUUUUUACACGUUCCCACAUCGUCUUGGCCUACAAUACCAACCAGCUGACAGUGGUGCAUUUGCAGCGUCCCAAUGCCCGGCCAUUGGGGCCGGAGAAGAUUGCAAACAUGGAUCCACGUAUCUUUCAUGUGAUCAUACCGGGCGCCGCAUCGGAGCGUAAAUUGGCACGCCAUCUUACGGUUAACGGCAGCUUUGAUUUGUUUGUGGUUUGGACGCAAUCCUCACAGAACGAAGUGUAUCCAUGGCGACCCACGAUACGUGAUCAGGAUCGUGCUAACAUUCACAUCUUCAAGAUCAAAGGCUUGCAGCUGGAAUCGAUUGCUUAUUGUUGGUCCGAGAACGAUCCGUUGUGCGUGGAUUUUUUGCGCAGCUCUGAGAAUCAAAUUAUCACACUCGAACAGAAGGUGUCACGCAAGGGUGACAUCAGCGCCGAGAUUUGCUCCUAUGAGCUGGCCACUGGGAAAAUGCAACGUACGGCAAUUACAUCGAUUGCGCUGGGCACACAGAUAUGUUCGUUUGCCUUCAGUCCGGACCAGGAAAAGCUCUUUCUAGGUAGUGUAGAUCGCAACAUUUGUCUGCACGAUCUGGUACUGCAGACCACGAAAUAUGUCAAUCAAAUUGAGAUUGUGCCCACUCAAUGUGCCUGGCACUGCGACUCCGCCCUGCUUUGCGUGGCCAAUGAGCGUUCAGUGCUGCAAUGCUUUGAUUUGGCGCUAGCACCCAUUGGCAACCAGCUGUUGAGCGAGAGUGUGACCCCUCUGAGUCUAUUGGAUCUGUCGCAUUACUUUGCCUCACAGCCAACACUGCUAAGCAUCGCCUUCAGCCGCAAACCCGAUCUGGGCAGCUUUACACACACCUACGCUCAAACGGAUUGUUUGCUUCUAAUGCUAUAUGAUCAAGGACCUCUGGCAUGCAUGCGUAUCUUUGGUGGCGCCGGAAUGCGCGGUGAUAUCCAUAACUCGGGUCUAACGGCCGAUGUGAUUGCGGACAAGUAUUUACGACUGCAGCAGCCGGAAAGAGCGGUGAAUGUGCUCGCCUCGCUCAACUGGGAGACGUAUGGUGCAAUGUGUCUGAUAACGCUGCAUAAGAUUGCCAAUUAUGUGUUCUUUGCGGGCGACCAGAGGCGCGCGGCGCGUUGCGACCUGAUGGCUAGAGCACUGCGCACUUUUGCGCACACUCUCUCCGAAGAUACGAAGGAUGAGUUUAGCGAUCAGGUCUAUGAUUUAAAGCGACGCUUUUGCUUCUUUCUGCUGCGAAAAAACCUAUUCAACGAGGCCUUUGAGAUGGCUCAGGAUGUUGCGGACUAUGAUCUUUUUAUGGAUCUAUACAAUCUGACCAAAUGUAUUGCCAGCCUAAGUGAAUUUGCCCAAGCCGCAUUUAGUCAGGCCGCCGCAAUAAUCCAUGGAGAGGAUCCCGUGUCACCUGGUCAUCUCAGCAUGAGUUUAGCCAGCGAUUUACGUCCCGAUUCCGCAUGUUCACAGUCCAGUUACUCGUCACCCAGUCAGCAGGCCUUGAAAAACUAUGUGCCACCUUUGCCCUCGUUCAAGUCCAAGAUUUUUAAUGCCGAAAUGAUCAAGAUCAAUAUACCUAAACCCGAGUUGCGUCCGCCAUUGCCAGAGCUGCGUACAUCCAAGCUGAGCAGCGCGUCCACAACCACGUCGCUGGUCGCGUUGGCGCAGAAAAGUGGCAGUCAAACACCUGCAAGGCCAAUUAAUGCCAAUGGCAACGUCUGGUCUCAAGAUGUACCAGAUCAAACUGUUGGCUUACCCAUGCCUAGCAGUCCAGCGCCACGACUGCAGUCCGCAUCGUUUGCUGAUCCUACCACACAACUGCCGCCUCUGGGAACAAUGCAGACGCAGCCUAUUCCACCGUAUCAGCCCAAGUUUUAUCAGCAUCCACUUGUGUCUGGGAACAUUCCAGCAAUGCUGCCGAUGCCAACACUUAAUAAUGAGGACUAUCAGAAACGUCUUUUGCUUAAAAAGCCCACGGCUUCGAUUUUAUCUAAUGCUGCCCCCGCUCAGCUUAAUGGCGAACCUGCUGCAGCACCCAGCGUCAAAGCGACGCCCACGGAGAAGAACAAAGUCAAGUUCUCGGACACCAUACAGGUGGCUGUUGUGCCAGAAAUUCCACGAAAGGACAAACCCAUGCCGCCUAAGCGUAAUGGCUAUUCACGUCCAACGGCGCGGCAUUUGAAUCCGCGAAAGGAGUUAGCUGAUAGUUUGCCACUUUGCCAUCCAAAUGAUGAGUAUUUGAAGGACUUUAAUCCAAUCACAACAAAUGUCAGCAAGCCGCCAACGAGGCGCCGCGAUGAGGAAUCGACUAAAGCAUCGGCGCCUAGUUCGACGUCAUCAUCCAUCAAGGUGGUGCAUUUUGGUGUUGUCUAAGCGAAUAUUUGAUAGUGCAAUUAAUUAUGUAGUUUAGU